UUGAAAUUGAGUUAUACAUAAAUAUAGGUACCGUAUUUCUAAGCACGUUGCCACGUUUAGAACCCGGACUCGCGAGUUCACGGGUCAAGGGAGAUGCAGCGCAAGCGAAAUGGUCCGGAUGGCCUUCUCUCCGUCUGAUAUUUCCCCGUUGCAAAUCGCCGGCAGCACCGUUGAGCUUCUGUGGGGUUUCGAGGGAGCUCCUUUUGCCUGAGUGUGCUGCCGAUACGGUGGCCUUUCCCAGCGGACAAGUAUUAGUGGCAACGAUGACGGCUUACAGGAGUAAGGGUACUGUCAGCGAGGACGAAGUUUACGCGCUUGUUCAAAGGUAUGGUGCCUCAACGAUUUUCACUCUUCUUCAGGAAGUUUCUCAGGCUACCGAAAAAGAUGUAACAAUGGAUUGGAGGACACUUGUUAAGGCCACUUCUACUGGAAUCUCUAACGCUCAAGAAUAUCAAAUGUUAUGGAGACAUUUGGCCUACAGGGACCCCUUGGAAAAAAUUGAAGAUGGGGGUGAACCAUUGUCGGAUGAAAGUGACUUGGAAUUUGAGUUAGAAGCUACUCCCAAUCACAGCGAAGAAAUAUCAACUGAGGUGGAUUGUUGUGUUAAGGUUAUACUUUCUUCUGGUUCGGUAGGUGAAUGUGGUACUGUUUUCCCUUUAAAUGCUGAAGCUCCUCCAGCUACAGACACAGUUAAUGACCAAGCUUCAGUGGUACCAUCAGAUAAACAACACUUAGGUCGUUAUAACCGAGCUAAUGGUGCUGCUCUUUGUACCCAAAAGCAGUCACCGUCUACUGGACUGUCUAAUGAAGGAGUGGAUGGAAAUGGUUCAUCAAAUUCAGGGUUUCAUGCAAAAAAGAAGAGAAAAUUGUGGACCAAAGAGGAGGAUAUGGAACUAAUAGCUGCUGUCGAGAAAUUUGGUGAAAGCAAUUGGGCUAAUAUUCUAAAAGGUGAUUUUAAACAUGAUAGAACUGCAUCACAGCUGUCUCAGAGAUGGUCAAUCAUUCGAAAGCGCCAGACAUCUUCAAAGCAAAGCAAUGGCAGCAAGGCAAGGUCUGAGGAGAUGUUGGCAGCACAGAAGGCAUUUUCUAUGGCUAUAAAUAUGCCCAUGUCCGGAAGCUUGUCAACAAUACUUUCAGGCGGAACACACAUGCAGACAGCCAAUUCAUCCGCAUCAAUAGCUGGAGGAACAUCUGGGGCACUUGAUGAAUCACCGGCUUGUGCUUCUCAAGCUUUUAAGCCAAACCAACCUAUCAAUCUGGAAACCUCGUCUCAGAAAGUACCCCCAAACCCCUCAAAUAAGCCCCGAACUGCCCAAAAGAAGCCGCCAUCAGCACAAUUGAAACCUGCCAUCUGCCCUAAUCCUCUCAUCAAAGCCGCCGCCUUUGCUGCCGGCGGACGAAUUGCCACUCCAUUAACAGCCGCCUCGCUAUUCAAAGCAGCGCAGUCGGUCAAUGCUGUUCGUAUAAGACACGCCGGCAGCUCUUCUCUUAUAGGAUCUUCAGUUACCGGUACUAUAUCCUCUUCUUCAACAACUGCUGCCACCACCACGGCCGCCACCGCCCCCAUUACUGGAUCUCAUACUCCUAACUCAAAGUUCAGCCAUCCUUCAAGUGGUCUUACUACAUCAAAGCUUUGCCAAGUGCAACAAGGCUCGGGAAAAGCUCCUCUGCAGCAGCUAUCAUCUGAGUCAAGAUUAGGAGUAAUGACAAGCUGUGGUCGGAACGAAAAUGGCAAAAGACGCCGAAGUGUUAAUAACUCUGCUGUUGAUGUCGACCAGCUGUUAGUCGAAGAAGCUGUAGCUGAACCGGACGACGAAGCAUCUGAUAAGCUAGUUCAGGACACCAAGAAUGGCAGCUCUGACAGGAAAAUAGAAGAAAACCAAUGUACUGAAACUGAAGAAACUACGAGCAAGAACUUGAAAGAAGAACAAUCAGGAGAAGGAAAGGGAAGGAUUGUUGAGGUAAUUAGUCCGAAUUCAGGUGAUUCCCAGCUGGAGGAGGAGGUGAUUUUACACAGCUAAAUGCAUAUCAGCUAAGAAACCAUCAUUGUAAUUUCUGUAAUAUGGGAUAUCGAUUAUGCAAAUUUAAUAUUUAUAUAUGUUUUCCUUAUGUAAUGAUUGUAGGCAAAAGAAACUCUUGGGGAUGUUUGAUAUCUCCUAUUUCUGCCUUUCUGGCAGCAUUCAAGCAAAAAUUUAACUUAAUUCCUA